UGAAGGGUUAGUUGUGGUAGUGUUGAAUGGUUAGUUGAGGCAACUAUGUGUGUAUAAAUAUCAAAUCAAACGAAAGGCAACUCAUUCCGCGAUUUUGCACUCUGUUGGGAAUCCCAGAAAGCUAACAAGAUUGCUCUCAGGGAGCUUUAUUAGUGCAGAACCAGCCAAUAUUUCCCAAUCGAACUGCAAACUUUGCCGAAUCUCCGAACCAGUCUCUUAAACGACCUCUGAAUCCCCAAUUGUUCUACACGCCUCCACAGCUUCUGAAUCAAGAAGAACCAGCUCGUAAAGCAAACAGAUCCACCUCGACCCUCUCGGAUUCCAAAACAGGAAGUAGUCUUGGAUCUCUUUCGGCCAAUCGCAGUCCAGAGUUACCGCCUACUCCUCCAUCCCCGCUUUAUUCGAAGUACAUAUUAGAAGAACGUGCGAAUAAACGAAGCAGCACAGCAAAGUUAAGAGCUUCGACCAGUGCUAGUUGGUUGAACUGUUCUUCAAAUUACCAGACGCUGUUUGAUUUGUCUUUAGAUCAGCCCGAAAAUUCGGAAAAUCAGAAUCCGGCUCCAACCUCAGAUAGGGACAACGUAUUUUCACCCGAAAAGCAGGUAGAGUCGACAAAUAGCUUCGGAUCCCAUACGAGCGAAGUUUCAUCCGCCACUACAACUUCAGGCCAGCAGAAUAUUACGUCAUCAAAUCAGUUCACACCUUCUAAAAAUAACCUUAAAAAUGACUGCGUGAUCAAUUGUUCCAAUUGUAGACACGACAGUAAAAACUUUUGUGGCUCGGAAAAAUUGAGUUCGGAGCCGUUAGAACCCCCGGAAUCGAGCAAGAAAUCUUCAUUAGUCGAUAUUUUGAUUUCACCAGCACGAAAAAAUUUAAUUUUUCAUUCAGGCAGAACAGAAUCAAACACUCGACUUCAGAAAAUUGUAUUAAGUGUUCGAGUUUUGGCUCUUUUCGGUUCUCGCAAAAUCCGGCAAAGUUUUUGACCAAAUCACCUAAGAAGCAACCAAAUAGCAACUCGAGUUUGAGUUUUCCAAGAGAGACUAAAUUUAGCAUCACUACAUUUUCGUCGCCCGAGCCAGAGACAUUUGUUCUAAAAAUGAAGAUAAAAGAAAAAUUGAAGCCGAGAAGUCUGAGCACUUCGGGUCGAGCGGGAUCGAAGAAAUCUUCUGAGUUUUCCGAGUUGCACUUCGGGAGGAAGACUGACUCGGAUUUUGAGGAUGACGGAGGAUUUUCACAGUUCCAGGAGUUGCAGCAGAGCUUCUUUAAUCGCAGGGGAAGGCAAGGCAGUGACAGUGGCUCUCACACAGCCCACAGGAGUGGGGACCCACAUGAGCAUACGAUGGAGUACAACACUGCAGGGGGUCCAGUCACCACCAUCACCAGAAGGGUGCGUAGUGUGGUGGAUAAACCUGGGAGUGCGGCUGGCAAACACGGAAAGGACCACAGCAACUGCGAGAAAUGCAACAAAGCACAGCCGGACUUGUUCCAGACACUGGCACUCACACACAACAAGAGAUCGCCCAGUGGAGAUGUUUGGGAUGGCGCCGGAGGACCGGCAGGUGGGGGUCCCCUGGGGGGAGGAAACAGACCCAGAUACGCCUCGGAGUCCAACUUGCUCAGGGCUCCUAUGAAGCCAAUGGCACCCUACGGAUACUCACCAUCUGUGCAAAAUGUGUAUUUGCCUAAUGGUGCCACGCCCCAUACUAUGAGGCGACCAUUCGGCGGUCUCGGAGGACCAGGAGGGGCGGGAACAGUUGUCCCCUCGAACACCUGCUAUGUUCAAUGGGGCACUGAAGUGAAGAAACUGUCUCUACCUCUCGCACAUCCGCCCUACUACGAUGAAAACAGUGGUUUGGCUGGUGGCGAUCAGGACAGAAGUGUGGCUCUGAAUAACAUGAGGGAGCUGCAUGGUCUCCUGGUGUCUCUCUUCCCAAUCGCAGUGACUGAGGAGGAUCUCUCUUCCAAGAAGAAAGUAGUCUACAUCAAGGACGAGAACACAGGCAUAUUCUACGAACUGGAGGAUAUAACUGACGUGAAGCCGCGUUGUUUCCUGUCUAUCCGGGACUACGCAUCGGCUGCGUCGGGAACCUUGCCGCACAGCAAGAGUGGCCACGGGAUAUAUGACAAGGCAGACGGCACUCCAGGCAGUGGGACAGGCCCUGGAAUGGGGAGACUGGGGUCGGGGACAGGUGCUAGACCGCCACUGAAGCUAUCGGUCUUCCAACCAGUUGCACCUAGUGGACGAACUAACUCAGACGGUCGUGGAUCGGCUCCACUUGUCCACCCGAAGGCAACCGGAGGCGGUAGUCAGCCGGCGGGACUGGAUCAACUAGACCGGGAGAGAAGCAGUUCUUUCGCUAGUAGAGACCAAACAGGCAGAGGUCUAGGCAGGGGAGGGGGUGCUCAGACACUGGGCAGGAACUUCACAGCGGGAUCCUCCAUUAAGGCCCAAAAUACUUCUAGGACAAUGGCGACUCCUCCUGGUCCGAGGAUCUCUCAAAAUGAAGAUACCAUUUCCCCAGAAACUGAAGGCGAUGUUUACCUCGCGAAGACUCCUCCGGGAUUUUUGGGAAUCGAUCAGGAUGAUGGUUCAGGUGACAGAGAUGGGACAGAAUCAGGACUUGGUGCAAAGAGUUCUGCUGUUGACAGGUUGAAUGCCAGUAGACACACCAAUGAAAGCUCCAAUACUCGGGAGCGGAUCGAGAAGAGCUCGACGAUUCUCAUUCGAGACCAGGUCGGCGACUCCUCGGCUCAAAACAGCAAGCUGGACCACAUCGAAGGGCAGCUGGGAGACCUGACGCAGCUAGUGGGAACCCUCCUUGCGAGUCAGAAGGAAAAGUCGAAGUCGAGUGGGGGGAGUAAAGAUAAUAAAGAACAGGAGGCUAGAAUUGCAGCCGAGUUGGAGACCUUGGAAAAGUUGAAAUAUCUGUUUGAGCAACAGCUGCAAAAUAAAAGCAACAGCAGUCAAAGUUCGAAUGCAACCACAAGCAGCACAAUGAUGAAUAUUAGACAUCAUAACCAGUACAUUAGUACUGUAAAUGAGAAGAAUCGAAUUACCUUCGACCAGCUGUGCGCAUUGCGAGAGCGAACCCGCCACUUGCGCCUGGAACUGAACCAGCUGAAGCGAGCACAUGCGAACCACGUGACCGCGAGCCAGCUCAUGAUCCGAGAGGCGUCCCAGAAGAUCUGUGCGGCCAUAGAAGCAUUCGCACAACAUGCCAGGAAGGACGAAGAGGCGAGGGGAAAGAGGACUUCGGCAUUGGCACAGGCAUGGGCUCUUCAUCUGGCGACCCUGGACAAACUGGAAUCGGAGAUAAGUGAGAUGGAGUUGAUGUUGGAGAAGAUGCGGAGUGAUGCGGACCACUACUCGAAGUUCCCUCCUUCCAAUAACCAGCAGAGACAGGAGUUGAAGACCAUCUGGGACAGAAGGGUGGAACAACUUACACACAGUGUACAGGACACAGGCAUACUCAUCUCUAAGGUCAAAGUGGAUCUUCUGGAGUUCGAGACCCAGAUGGGAGACCUAGUGAGACUGGGUGGGGGAGUGGGCGAGGGCCAGAGGAGACUGCUGAAGGAUGGGCCAGAACGACUGGCUUUGUUCAUAGAGCGAAUCAGACUGCUGAACAGCAGACUGUCCCAGCUGAAGACACUGGAGAUGGAAGUGUUGAAUUUUCAGUUGCAUGUAGAGGAUGUGUCGUCAUUGAGCAGGCCACAGUCCACUCCGCCAGAGGUGCCUUUGCAUCUAAACAUCGGCUCCUCUGAGAGCGAGAGACUGAACAUCAUAGGAAUGGGAGGUGCGGACAGUCGCAGCUCCUCUCUGAAGAGAGUAGGAAGAGGGGGACGACAGCCGGUGAAAGUGAGCACGUCUACAGCUGCCAACAGGUACAACCUGGACUCAACUUCAACUACAAAUCUCGACGGAAGUUCUCUCUCCCUCAACAACAAUAGGUCUUUGUCUCGAAGCUACGGAUCUCUGAACAACUCGAAUAUGUAUGCAACGAACAACACAAACAACAAUGUCAACAACACCAGUUACUCUCUGUUCGAGCAACACAGCUACUCUACAAACAAAGACGGGAAGGGCUCCACAGUUACUUCUACCAGGACUGCAGGAUCAGGAGGCGCUCAGGCGGAGAAGGACAGGACUGACCUGAUGAUGUUGAUGACAGACCUGGACGCCUUCUCGCCCCAGAUGGCGUCUCUGAGUCAACUGACUAACCAGCAGUCGAGCAAGAGGAAAACCAGCGCCAGUCAAAUGAAACGGAAGAGAGCGGAGAGCACACGCGACAGACGAAAUGACGAAUUCUCUGGCUCGAUUCUGGACACAGCCUACGCGUCUGACAGGGACUCAAAAGAGGUGAUCCGUAAGAAUAGCAGCAGCAUGAUGAACACUUCCUCCUCCUCCAAGAGCACCACCCGAGUGGUCAAUCGGGAAACUGUCAUCGACGACUACUACUCGGCAUUGCAUCAAUUGCAACGGACUAACCGUGAACAUCUUUCCUCUUCGCGCGGGAAUCUGCGGCGAGCGAACUAGACGACUCCAACCAGAGAUGUCGCACGGACUUGUUAGUUGGCAGUUCGAAACCUCUAGUCGGCGGCAGCCUCUCUAGCUUACUUCGGUCGGGGUCCCCCCACCGCAGGGCCGCCAUUGAGUCCCGGUAGCACUGCACCAGUUCGGCCGACAAAGCGAAACAAGUCACGACUUACACUUACUACACGAUCACAAAGAUG